AACGGUAAACGCCCGCACACGAACCGCCGCACCGUGAGCGCCCUUUUCGACUCUGGCGCGAACUCGCGAAGCCAGCCGGUCUUGGAUCGAGCGCUGGAUUCGGGUACGUGGCUGCCGAGCUCAAACACCCGCCAGAUUCAGCAGACCGAAACAACAAACGCAGGCUUCGGAUUAGUUUCCCGUCGUAGACAGCAAUCCGAACCCGAUCCAACCGACUCUUUCAAAAUGGCGGCCUCCUUGCGAAGCACGCACUAGCGCGUUUAAAGUGGCGAAGCUCUCGGGUAACCAGGACCGAACUACGACUCCUGCUUCGGCGCGAAGGUUGCGACAUGGCCCACAAGACGAUCACCUACAUUAAGGCGCCGCUGUACAACGGCGUCGGCCGAUACGUGUGCCAGCUGCAGCGGCUCACGCUGACCUUCUGCAAGACGCACGGCAGCAGCCGCGGAAUGCGCGAGUACAUCGAGCGAGAGCUGGUGAACUUCGCCCGCGAAAACCCGGGCGUCGUGGUGUACCUGAAGCCGCGCCGGCACCGCGACCCGUACAUCGUGGGGGAGUACUUGAACGGCGAGCGCGACAUGAUGCGAGCCAACGACCUCACCGCGAGGGAGCUCGUCAAGUGGAUCGACCACUUUCGCACCCGCUCCGGCGAGCCCAUCGCGCUCAUCAACAAGUACCUCCGCACCGACUACCCGAGCAUCCAAGGUUUUUGGACACCAUUCACGAACCGGCCAACAGAGCAGAACCUCACCAAGUUUCCAAAUGAGGAACUGGGCGAGUUCAAAUCCGUAUUUCCCAGCGCAACCGAGCAGCUCAAGGAAUUGGCUGCCCAAGACAGCCCAGAGACGUCACAAGCAAAGGAGUGAUAGCUGUGUUACGACCUUCAGUACUAGUAAGCAAAUAAAACAUAAGUUUUUUUUCCCGUU